AUGCCGAUCUACAUGGACUGUUUCAAAAUCUUCGAGUGGGUGUGCGAAUCACGGCCCUUCUGCGAUGCAUUCUGCAAGGCGUUCCGGCAAGACGAGGAUGAGCAGUUCCUCUCCGACAGGCGUCGCGGCCAACUUGAAGCCUACUGGAUCGAGGAGCUCGAGCGGCGGACCAAGCCGAAGGGAGCACUUGAGUCGCUGAAGAAGGGCAAACGACUGUCAACUGAAGCCGCCGUCGAGCAUUUGGCGGAGCAUGACAUCGAUAAGAGUGUGUUGUCCAAGAUCAACGACCGGGAGGAAGCGUACUGUUGGGCCAAUCCGAAAAUGCCCUCACUUUGCGACCCAUCGGAGUAUCUGCCCAGUCAGCAGAUCCCACCAAGACCGUCUAUCAACUUCAUCCCCUACGACCCCGUUUCCAUUGAGAUACCUAUGGAGGCCUUCUACCGCGAGUACCGGGUAGAUUCACCGGGAAGGAUAGUGAAGUAUCGCUAUGUUACUACGCCAUCUGCCGUGGCGUGCAGAAUCACAGUCGUUUCGCUUUCUACCAUCAUAAACUGGCGGGCGGGUAUCUCCGAACUGGCACCUCCGGGUGCUCUCUUCAACAAAACAGAUGGUCUGUACUAUCAAGACGAGGUCGUUCCGUCACAAGGCCAAACGCCACCCGACAACAAGCCAUCAUUCGAGUCAUUUGUUCGACGAGUAAACUCACACGCUCCUACUACCGUACGGAAUCCACUGACGGCUCAUGACGAAGCUCAGUCCGCCCCCGACGGCAAGCCAACGUUCGAGUCAUGUGUUCGACGACUGAAGUUACAUUUUUCGACUGCUGUACAGCAUCCGCCGAUGUCUCAUGCCGAAACUCAGUCCGCCCCCGGCUUCGUAGCAGGCCAUGUCCAACGCACUGCGGAAGGUCCUUUGUCCGACGAGCAACUCCAUCCGACUCCUUCAGGCAAGGAAGAAGGCUACAAAGCCGCCGAAAAAGGUCUCUCAAGAUAUGCGCCGCAGUCGGCAGGAAGAUCUCUCGACGAGGAAGUUAUUGGACACAACUGGGUUAAGCCUGGGCCAGGAAACAAGCGCGCGCAUGGAUCAACGACUACACCACCCGGUUUACGACGUGGUAGGAGUGCAGUCGGUGAAGGAUUUCGCGAAUAA